GCCUUCUCUCUUGAACACUGACAUGCAUUACCAACUAUACACAUUGAGGCAAUCUCUUCUCUUUCCUAGCUUUUGUGUUGGUAAUUCCAUUCUUAACAGUUUCUGCUUUAAUUUUGACCAUGGAAUGUUUCUGUGUUCGUUUCUUUUGUCGCUUAAGGUUGUCUCUCCCUCUAUCUCCCUGAAUGGUUCACCCGUAUGCUAUGUGAACUGUGAAAUGAUGAUCCACUUUUAAAGUCUUAACAGCAUCUCUGUUCUAAUAGCUGGCAAUUUUUAUUGAGUGCAGUUAAGAUUAGUGAGACAAAUUGUUUAUAUAUACAAACACUUGGGAAGAAAAAUAAUUGCUAUGUUUUUCUUGUUCAUUAGUAUUGGAUGUGGCUCGUGAUAUUUCUCUUUCAUUUGAGGGUGUUGAUUGUGUAUAUUUAAUAUCUUGCACCCUUUCUUUUAUGGGGGCUAAGGAAGUUUUUCGACCUGCCAUAGAUUAUUAUCCGUUUUGCUGGUUCUGUGAUUUCCAUCAUGCGAUUGUUGAGGUAUAUGCUGUGACUGACCUGAGAUUUUCUCUGUACUUUUCUGGAUAUCUAAAGUUGUAUGUUAUUUGUUUUGAGGGGUAAGAUCUAAUCAGAGCCAAGGGACAAAAUAUUGGUAGGGAAUUUGACGGGGUCAUAUCGUGUAGUCCUUUUUGUGAGAUGAAAAAUCUGAGUUUGAAAUUUUGUAGCCGAAAACUUUUUCUUUUGUCCUUUUAUACGUCGAGUACUGCCCUUGGAUUCUAUUAUGUUAGUCCAAAAUCCAAAUCUUUUACUUAUAAAAAGAAAAAGGCAACUGGUACUUGCUUUUGCAAAUUUAAAUAUUACCAUAAGCUCAUAGCGGCAAAUCAUAUUCUUUAAUGAAGAAAAGUGAUUGGUAUAAGCUAUGUGGAUAUCAGGAGCUUAAGUCAUAAUAUGGUCCCCAAUUUAAUUAAAUUUGAGUGUUUAAUAUAAUUGGACCUUUAUAUUCUUAAAGCUUUGUGGUAAACACUGCAUUUUUUAAUGCUCUCCAAGUACCUAGUACAUCAAGGCGUGAGUCGAAUUGGGUUGUGAUCAAUAAUAGAAUUGCUGGAAAAGUUCCUAUUGUAUGUUGGGGGAAAAAGAGUCUUAGUACAAAGAUACAUUUUCUUUACUACUGAAUUCCAAACCAAUGUCUGAAAUUCUCUUAUGAAUAGUGAAAUGACGCUUUCCUUUUGUCUUCUUUAUUUUAAUUUGGUUAUCUUUUGUGUCACAUAAUGACUUUACCAUUUGUUAUUUCAUCCAUGCUAUCCUAGUAGUUUCUGUUUGCAGAUUUUCGCAGGGUCCUACAAAAUAUUGAGUGAUCAGGAUAGUAUCUUUAAUGGCAAAUACUACUGGAAGUAAAAGAGAAAAAUAUUUCCAUUUAUUCGAACCCAACAUGAACCUUAAAACUAGGAAUAUGAAAAACAAGACCACAAAGUGAAGUAUAACGGAGAUUCAGAUGGGUCAACAUAUGACAUGGACUCAGCAGCUCACACAACUACAAUGAAAAUUGAUUUGAAAAAUGAUUAUGAAGCACAGAUCAGGGACUUUUUUGAUUCAGUAUCCCAUUCAUCCGAGGAAAUAGAGUCGUUUAGGAUGCUUCAAAAUGACUUGCAAUCAAUUAUAAGGGCCUCCAAUUCAUCAAUCUCUGAUCCCCCAGAAGAAACAGAUUCAUUUGAGGAUCCAGCAGAUAUCUAUAUGGACAAAAGUGUUAGAGAAUGUGAACCAGAACUUGCAGUUUGUCACAAAGAGACUAGUUACAACAUUAUUAAGGAUAUCAUCUGUGUGGAUGAAGGAUGCACUGCCAAGGAUAAAUUUUUGUUCGGGAGAAAAGUACAAGAAAAUAUCUGCAAUUUGUUUUCUUCUUGGAGUUGUGAAAAUAAAGAAACAGUGAAAGAUAACAUUGGGAUCAAUGUGCUAAAUCCACUGGCAACAGAGGAAACUGAUAAGGUUAUUUCUGAAUAUUAUCAGUCCAAGGAUUUGACACGGCAAGAUGAAGAUGCAACUCGAAAACUUGUUGAAAAUAUCUAUAAGGAGAUUGUUGUGCCUGGAGAUAAGGUUUUGUUCCCAGAGUUAAGAACAGAAAUAUCCAGGCCAUCAGGUGCUGCGGGUGAUGAAAUUGAACACAACCACGCGGAGGUAACUGUUAGUGAGUUACACUCCCAGCGUGACAAGUUAAAAAAUACGAUUGAGGAUGCAGCAACUUUAGAGUUAACAGUUGCUGAAUCUAACAUUGAUAUCCUUGACAGUGGUAGUAAGUUGCAGCAAGAGAAUGGAAGCAUCACGAAUCAGUUUGAUGAUUCAGUUUGUGGAACCUGUGAGAAACAGGCACUUUGCAAAGUCGAUGGUUGUAAUUGUUGUCAAACUCAGAACGCACCUAUGAAGUCUAAUGGUCAAAAUCAAGCUCAUCGCAGUUUCUCUUCUAUUUCAAGUCGCAUAACAAAUUCAGGGGCUGUACCUUAUUCUGGUAACAUCUCAUUCCGAUCAGAUAGCAGCACAGCUAGCACGCGAUCCUUUGCCUUUCCCAUAUUGCAAUCUGAAUGGAAUAGCAGUCCAGUGAGAAUGGUGAAACCUGAAAAGAGGCACCAGGGUUGGAAGCUGCACCUUUUUUGCUGUAAAUUCUGAAAGAUUCUUUGUUUUUGUUUCCCAUGGGUUUAAAUUCAAAUAUAUCAUUAAUAUUUUUUUUAGUAGUUUGCAGUUGGUUUAGAAUGCAGAGCCAGUGCCUCCUUCUGUAUGCAAGCAGAAGCCUUAGGUUUUCCCCUUGCAUUUGUUUGUUCCCUUGUUUCUUUCUUUUUUCCCUUUAGAAUCAAAAUUUUAUUUCUAAUGGACAUAAUUCAUGGU